CCGGGGCCGGCGGCUUGGGGACGCGGCCCGCAGCCGGGGGGCGUGGUCUGCUCUCAGCCUAGUUGACCCUCGCCAAUCCGUAGGCUCGAAGCGGCCGCCGUCCCCGCCUCCCGCCGCUCAGGGGAGAGCGCCGCUUUGCUAUUGGUUGCCGAUGCUCGUUCCGGCCGGGGGCCGGGCCCCACGCGGUGGCGGGAAAGCUGAGGCUUCCGCGCUUUCCUGGACCUUGUAGGGCUGCGGGAAGCGCCAGCAUGGACGCGGCUGAAGUGGAGUUUUUGGCUGAGAAGGAGCUGGUUACCAUUAUCCCAAACUUCAGCCUGGACAAGAUCUACCUCAUCGGGGGGGACCUGGGGCCUUUUAACCCCGGCUUACCGGUGGAGGUGCCUCUGUGGUUGGCGAUUAACCUGAAACAAAGACAGAAGUGUCGGCUGAUUCCUCCUGAGUGGAUGGAUGUGGAAAAGUUGGAGAAGAUUAGGGAUCACGAGCGAAAGGAAGAAACUUUUACCCCUAUGCCUAGCCCUUACUACAUGGAACUUACCAAACUCCUGUUAAAUCACGCUUCAGACAACAUCCCGAAAGCGGAUGAGAUCCGGACCCUGAUCAAGGAUGUGUGGGAUACUCGCAUUGCCAAACUGCGGGUGUCUGCGGACAGCUUCGUGCGGCAGCAGGAGGCCCAUGCCAAGCUGGAUAACCUGACCUUGAUGGAAAUCAACACCAGCGGGGCUUUCCUCACACAAGCGCUCAAUCACAUGUACAAACUCCGUACCAACCUGCAGCCUUCGGAGAGCGUCCAGUCGCAAGACUUCUAGAGAAAGACCCGAAUUUGUAAAGAAAGGCCGGCCGGAGGCGUGCCAGGUGGUAUGUGUGCGUGCCCGAGACGUGGUAGGGGCACUCUUAUUUCUGGAGUGUUCUAGAACCGUUUUUAAACGCCUGAGAAACUGUGUACCGAAACCAGGGAUGGGUUCGUGACAUUGGUGGAAAGCAACAGGUUCGUGCUCAGUCAUCGAGACACUUGAAUUCCACAUCUGUCUCUGGGAGCCAGCUGUUCUCUUAUGGGGGGAAGAAAGCAGCUUUGGCGAAACAUGUGAUCUUUCCUAGCAGAGCCUCCGGCCUCCCGGGUGGUUGUCGUGUGGGUGAGCAUUCGGUGAUGUUUUGUGUUUUAGAGUAGGAUACAGUAGGAGUGGCGAUGUGGCCUAGGACUUUCCUUUCUUGACCAACGCUGAUCUCUUGGGCUAAACUUAGCCUCUCCUUGAGUUUGCUCACAGAGAAGGACACAGUUGACCAUCUGAGCCCAAUAAAGAUGGAAUCCGCCCAAUUCUUGAACUGGGGUUUUCUUCUGCAUUACUACCAAGGGAGCAAGUCCCAUGGCUGAAAUGGCCUGACUGAUCAAAUGGAGAUCAGGGGUAAUCUUCACACUGUUCUCUUGGGUACUUCUGGUUAAGGUGCAGGGCUGCUUAUCAGGAGGAAAGCCAGGGGGGCGCCUGGGUGGUUCAGUACCUUAAGCGUCUGACUCAGGACAUGAUCUCCUGGUUUGUGGGUCUGAGCCCCGCGUGGCCCUCCACGCUAACAGCAUGGGGCCUGCUCGGGAUUCUCUCUGCCGCUUGGAUGUGUGUGUGCGUGCAUGCACGUAAGCUCUCCAAGUUAAAAAAAACGUACAAGACCACACCAGAGGUCAUCUUUGGACUCAGAAGCCAUUCUGGAGGUGGCAGGACAUGUGGCCUUGGCAUGAUUUAGGAUUCCUUGGAUUGAUUAUACAAAGAAAAGAUGAACCCAGACAUAGAUUUGCAAGACAUGGCCCGUAUGGGAAGAAAAGGCCUUAGGAGAACAGAAUGAAGAACAGGCCGGGGCCUGGGAAAGGCCAAGUAAGUAAGCUGGAGAUGGGACAAAGGAAGGAGUAAAGGUUCUGCAGGGACUUGACUUGUGGUGACCCUGCAGACUUUUCACAAGGAGAUUCAUGAACUAAGAACUUAAAGAAAGGAAAGCGUGGGAAAAAUGGAUUGUGUGCUCUGGGGCACGUGACGAGGCUCCAGGCAUUGUUCUGGGAGGGCCUGUGCCGCUGCCCUUGAUGGAGAGGAGAGACUUUGCUGGAGGCAGUGUCUCAAGGAAGGAUCAUUUCUUUUCCGAGGAGAAAUACCUUUCAAUUGCGGUUUAGAAUCGCUCUAGAAAUUACCUUACCUUGAGGGGAGAGCUGAUGCUUUGGAGGCAUACAAGGGAUAGAAGGUUCUGUACCCAGCUGGCUUUUGAUAGUAGCACGGUCAGGAGCCCGCUCUCCCUCGGGCUUUUCGGAGUGAUCACUUUUACACGCGUGAUCAGCUGAGCAGAAAGAACGGCUUCUGGUGUUUGCCCUUUAGUGUUCAAAGCCCAAACUCACCUGAUGUGACUCAAGCACUGUUUCUCCGUUCCAGAUCGCUCCCCAGCUGUCCUCCGACAAACAGCCAAUGGUUGUUAUCUGAGCACUGAAGGGCCAGACACGGAGCAGACUGCUCUCUGUCAUUUAAGGGGACAGUGUAGAGGGUUGCUUUCGGAUGACAGGACUUGCCUUUUCAUCUGGGGACUCUUCUGGAAUGAAACCGCACGGUACUGGGGAGAGCCAGGAGUCCUGCAGAGCUCAGACCUCACCCCUUAAUACCUUUCUUUUAAAACCUGUCUUCACAUUUUACCUCUAAAGCUAGAUGGCUGGGCUGCUGGGUUGUUUUUUUUGUUUGUUU